AUGGAGUCGAGUGCCGUCAGACGCGUGACGCGCGUCUUGUCCCCGACGACCUCCUUCACGACCGCGCUCUUUUCCGAUUUCUCUUCAGAAUCUUCUUCUUCUUCAUCUUCACGUACGGCAAUCUCCACGCCUUUAUCGACCACCUCGAAAUCCGGCAAUAACUCCUGGUCGUCCCCUUUUUUCAAGGGCUCGUCGAGGUUCAGCUCGUCCAUCUCGUUCAUACCAUCAGUAGCUGUCAUCAUCCUGGGGCUAGGCACACUGAAUGAAGUCUUGGAAUGUUUUCUAGCGAACGAGGGUGAGCUCUUUGGCUUGGAGCCAUGGCCGCUGUAA